AUGCCCGUCACUGGUCGUACUGUUGGACCAGUACAGGAGGGAGGCGCCGAUCAGGGGGGAGCACUCCGCCGCAUUUGCGAGAUAUUGUUAGGAGUGGUGCCUCCAGAUGGUGAGCUUGUUGGUGCCCGCAUUUGCAUGCGGUUUCUCGAGGGCGAGAUGUUUCGCCAGCUCUCGACAGCCGUCGAUGAUCACAUAGUAGCAUGCCACGCACAUGCCCACAUGCUGCGAUUGAUAUGUAGGACGCUGUUCUGUGACCUCGCGGGGAGUUACGCGCACUUCAUGUUCCUUCCACUCCUCGCGGAGCGAGCAAAGAUACGACAGUACAGUUGGGGCUCUGCGAUGUUAGCGUGGCUGUACCAGGAGAUGUGUCGCGCUACUGACGUUUUCCACUCCCAGAUCGGAGGAGCACUCCACUUAUUGUAG